CGCCGCUCGCCUGCGCUUAGUAAUGAUCUCCGCCUCAGCCGUCUCCACUGCCACCACUUCCUCUCUGCUCCGACUUCCUUCCCUCCCGCUAAGAUUCUGCAUCUGCCUUCCUCGCUCCGGCUGCGGGCGACGCCCCAUCGCCGCCUUUGUGGCCCUCGCAAUGGCCGGGUCCUCGAGCUCCGCCGAGUCCCAUCGGCACACUAACCGCCUUGCGUCCGAGCACAGCCCAUACCUUCUCCAGCACGCCCACAAUCCGGUUGACUGGUAUCCUUGGGGUGAAGAAGCUUUUGAGAAAGCUCGCAAAAGAAACAUCCCCAUUUUUUUAUCGAUUGGAUAUAGUACGUGCCACUGUAAAUCAAAGAACGAAUCCUUUGCUAAUGCACACUCUCCUAAGAUGAAUUUGGUCCCAGAUGACUCAAAAUGGGUUUUGAUUUAUUGUUGAAAGAAUAAAUUAUAAAUUUCCACUAUAUGUUGGGUCGAAUGAUAUCUCACUAUGAUUGCUAUUAGCAUCCUGGAAGAGGGUGUCUUAUCCAUACAAUCUUUGUAGCUAUACAUAUUGGGAGUAGGAACAUGGUAUUGUGAUGUCGGGCCUGACCAGCAAACGUAAGGAGGUUGCGGCGAGCCGACGAAUACCACUCACGAUUCAAGAGAUACAGGAUAUAACCACCACUCUCGAAGGGAAACGAAAAGAAUGUCUCACCACCCAAAAGGGAUACAGAGACAGUAAGAAGUAGUCCUCUUCUCUGUAGGGAAGCUUGUGUACUGGUUCAAAGUUCCAACCCCCUUUCAACAUUAUUUGAACAGUUAUUUAUACGGCCUCUUGGAACAAGUCUCCAAGUAAGCAUUUAAACAUGACCCUUUGAAAUCAUAAAUUCAAAUAACUCAUUCAUUGAAAAGACAAAUCUAAUAAAUAGAUCCAUAAUCCUAUAAUGGCCUUGGAAACGUACUUGAGUAAUUAGACCCAUCCUUGGGCAAUACAACGGAUGGGUUUUGAAUGCACUUCGAGAUAUUCCCGUAUCAUGCUCCCCUGGUCGAGAAAACUCGCCCUCGAGUUAAAAGUCGGCAGUAUAACCAAGAAAUGGAGAAAGAUCAGCCACAUUGAAAGAGUUGGAGACUUCAUACUCAGCCGGGAGAUCAAUUUUAUAUGCAUUUUCUCCAAUCUUCCUUAGGAUCUUGAAAGGACCAUCUGCCCGAGGCUUUAACUUACUGUAGCUCCCCGCAGGAAAUCUAUCUUUGCGAAAAUGAACCCAGACUAGAUCCCCUUCUUUGAACUCAGCAGGUUUUCGAUGUUUAUUAGCUCGUUCAGCAUACUUGGCAUUUUGCUUUAAAAUACACUCACGAACCAUUUCAUGUAACUUCUUGAUCUGACCAGCCCUUUCCUUAGCAUCACUACUGAACUUGUCAUUAGUUGGGAGAGGUGCCAAAUCAAGUGGGCUAAUUGGAUUUGCUCCAUAAACAAUUUCAAAGGGACUAUGCCCUGUUGUUCGAUUUAUGGAGUGGUUGUAAGCGAACUCUACUUGGGGCAAUAGCAGGUCCCAUUGACGAAUGUUCUUGCCGAUAAAACUUCAAAGAAGAUUUCCCAAACUGCGAUUCACGACCUCCGUCUGACCAUCAGUUUGUGGAUGAGCAGUAGUGCUAAAUUGAAGUUGAGUUCCAAGUUUCCGCCAAAGAGUUCUCCAGAAGUGGCCGAUAAAUUUAGUAUCACGGUCAGAAGUCAUGGUCAAAGGGAUUCCAUGGAGUUUGACAAUCUCCCGAAAGUACAGUUCAGCCACAUUGGAUGCAUCAAAGGUUUUUGCGCAUGGAACAAAGUGCGCCAUCUUCGAGAAACGAUCGACCACCACCAUGACUAAGUCUUUGUGACGUUGAGUUCGCGGCAACCCUAGCACAAAAUCCAAGCUAAUGUCUUGCCAGGGAGUCUUGGGAACAGGAAGGGGUGUGUAUAACCCCGUGUUAUUACAAUGAGACUUUGCUAGAUGACAAGUUCGACACCUUGCAAUGUACUUUCUAACAUCUCGCUCCAUCUUUGGCCAAUAAAAAUUUUCUUGCAGUGCGGCACAAGUCUUUUCCCGACCAAAAUGACCUCCAACAUUACUGCUAUGUGCUUCAAAGAUUAAAGCUUCCCUCAAAGAACAUAAAGGGACGCACAAACAAUUUCCUUUGAAAAGAUAACCAUCUUGUAUGAAGAAUUGCUUAAAGGGUCUCUUGAAGCACUCUUUCCAGAUUUGGCCAAAGAAAUCAUCUCCUUCAUAGAGCUCUUUUAACACCUCAAAGCCAGGAACACUUAAUUGUAAUGUAGACAAUAGUGAGUGCCUUCUACUCAAAGCGUCUGCUACUUUGUUUUGAGAGCCCGCUUUAUGCUUGAUGACGAAGUCAAAGGCUUGAAGGAACUCCACCCAAAUUGCAUGGCGCCGAUUGAGCUUUUGCUGCCCCUUAAGAAAUUUCAAAGCUUCAUGAUCUGAAAAUAGAAUAAAUGGCUUUGAAAGGAGAUAUUGGCUCCAAUGAUUAAGAGCACGGAUAAGAGCAUAAAGUUCCUUGUCGUAAGUGGAAUAAUUCCUUCGGCUUGCAUUUAAUUUCUCGCUAAAGAAGGCAAUUGGUCUCCUUUCUUGACUUAGAACAGCACCGAUGCCCACAUUAGAAGCAUCACAUUCCACCUCAAAAGGCCUUUCAAAAUCUGGUAAUGAGAGGACAGGAGCACUUGACACCUUUGCCUUAAGAAGUUGGAAGCUUUGUUGGGCUUCUGUAGUCCACUGGAAUACACCUCCUUUUAAACAUUCAGUGAUUGUAGCAAAAAUCGAGCUAAAAUUUUUAAUGAACCGUCUGUAGAAAGAGGUUAAACCAUGAAAACUCUGAACAUCUUGAAUGGUUUUAGGUUCUGGCCAGCCUACUAUGGCCUCCACCUUGCUUGGAUCCAUUUUUACCCCUUCACAGGAAACAACAUAGCCUAGAAAUACUAGACUAUUGGUUAGGAAUUGACAUUUCUUCAAAUGGACAUAUAGCCUCUGUUCCUGCAAAACUUGGAAAAUUUGUGAAAGAUGAUCCAGGUGCUCUUCCUUGCUCCUACUAUAAACAAGAAUGUUGUCAAAGUAAACGACCAUAAAUUUGCCAAUAAAAAGCUUAAGCACAUGAUUCAUUAACCGCAUAAAAGUGCUGGGUGCAUUGGAGAGGCCGAACGGCAUCACUGCCCAUUCAUAAAGCCCAUCGCGCGUCUUAAAUGCUGUCUUCCAUUCAUCACCUUGCCUCAAGCGAAUCUGGUGAUAUCCACUUCGCAAGUCAAGUUUUGAAAAGACCACAGCACCAUGAAGUUGAUCUAAAAGCUCCUCAAGGCGAGGGAUGGGGAAACGAUAGCUAAUGGUGAUUCUAUUUAUAGCCCGACUGUCAAUGCACAUGCGCUAGGUACCAUCCUUCUUAGGGACAAGCAAGGUUGGAACCGCACAAGGACUCAUGCUCUCAUGAACUAAGCCCUUAUUGAUAAGUUCUUUCACUUGUCUUUGUAGUUCCUCGUGCUCUUUUGGACUCAUCCAAUACGCUGCUUUAUUGGGAAUGGAAGAACCAGGAAUAAAAUCGAUGCAAUGUUGAAUAUCCCUUAUUGGUGGCAACCCAGAAGGUAUUUCCUCAGGGACAACAUCCGUAAAUUUUUUUAAGAGAGGUUGUACUUCAAUGGGAUGUUCAGUAGAAAAUUCAUUUUCCUCUAGAAGAACAAGGGCAAAAGCUGAAUGCAGAGCUUUUGCUUUCCUUAAAAACUUGGAUCUAGAGAGUAAGUUCUGCCCCUCUCCUUUUGCUGGGUUGGUCAUCUCUUCAAAUUUGGAAGGACUCAGAACAACCUUGGCAUUAUCCUUUGUGAAAGAAUACGUGUUUCGAUAGCCGUCAUGAUGAGUUCUCCGAUCAAAUUGCCAGGGUCUCCCGAGAAGUAGAUGACAAGCAUCCAUAGGGACUACAUCACAGUAAAUUUCAUCCCUGUAUCUACCAAUAGAGAAUUGAACAAGGCAACGCUUACUCACUUUGAUUUCUUUGUUCUUGUCUAGCCACGUGAGUUUAUAAGGCUUUGGAUGAUUUUCUAUCGGGAGCUUUAGCUUUUCCACCAUUCUGGUUGAAACGACAUUCUCGAAGCUUCCUCCGUCGAUGAUAACGUCACAAACUUUUCCAUGGGAGGUACACCGAGUAUGGAAGAUAUUAUGACGUAGCCAUAAGGAUUCGUCUUCUUCUCUUUGACUGUUCAAGUUUCUACAAACAAGGAGCUCCCCUUGGUCAGCAUAAAUGACAUCGCCCUCUUCUGCGAGGCUAGCAACAUCUGCUUCCUCGUAGUGACUUUCUUCUUCAACAAGAGUGAUGAUGCGUCGGUUUGGACAAUCGGCUGCAAUAUGCCCAUAGCCAUGGCAUUUAAAACACUGACGAGAGCAAGCUUUAGACGGUUUUGCUUCCUCACUGCCUGAUGGUCUCUUCGAAGAUGCUGACGGUAGCGGUACGGUAGGCUUAGAGGGAAGAAUGCUACCUCGGUUGGACGAGCCUCCCUUGGGAUGGAGAUGGUUGCCGCCGGUCUUGACCACCUUUUAUUGCCUUUCAACCUUGUGAGCCAAUUUUGUGACAUCGUUGAAAGUCCAAUAAGGCUGCAGUUGCACAAUAUUUGAUAUUUCCGAAUGUAAGCUGCCCAGAUAACGAGCAAUGGUUUGCUCCUCUGGUUCCUCGAUAUCGCAUCGAAGCAUAAGAUGUUCAAAUUCAGCGGUGUAUUGCUCCACGGAUCUGCCCUCUUGCUUAAAACUGUGAAACUUCAAAUAGGCAUCUUGCUUGUUGACCGUGAGGAGAGACCUGAUGUUGAUAAGGUAUAUAUGACAUAUGUUUCUGCACUAUAUGGUGGUGGUGGUUGGCCGUUGAGUGCCUUCCUCUCUCCUAAUCUGAAACCCUUGAUGGGUGGAACAUAUUUUCCGCCUGAUGACAAGUAUGGAAGACCUGGUUUCAAGACAAUCCUUAGAAAGGUGAAAGAAGCUUGGGAGACUAAACGUGAGAUGCUGGAAAAAAGUGGGACUAUUGCAAUUGAACAACUUUCAGAAGCACUUUCUUCGACAGCUAACUCCAGUAAAAUAUCGGAUGAGUUAGCUCGUGUUUCCUUAAAAAGAUGUUCUAGACAGCUUGCAAGUAGCUAUGAUCCAAAGUUUGGUGGUUUUGGUACUGCUCCAAAAUUUCCUAGGCCAGUGGAAGUUUAUAUUCUGCUUUAUGAGUCAAGGAAGCUUAUGGAAGAAGGUCGGCAAAGUGAUGCUAAUAAAAAUGUGGAGAUGGUUUGCCAUACUUUGCAAUGCAUGGCUAGAGGUGGAAUCCAUGAUCAUAUUGGAGGUGGAUUUCACAGGUAUAGUGUGGACGAACAUUGGCAUGUUCCUCAUUUUGAGAAGAUGUUGUACGAUCAUGGUCAGCUUGCUAAUGCCUAUUUAGAUACAUUUUCGAUCACAAAGGACACCUACUACUCAUCUGUUGCUCAUGAUAUUUUGGAUUAUUUGAGGAGAGAUAAGAUUGGAGAUGCUGGUGAAAUUUAUUCUGCGGAGGAUGCUGACAGUGCUGAAUAUCAUGGUGCUACAACAAAGAAGGAAGGAUCUUUUUAUAUCUGGACAAGUCAGGAGAUUGAAGAGAUUCUCGGAGAACAUGCAAAUUUGUUUAAAGAUCAUUACUACAUUAAACCAUCAGGAAAUUGUGAUCUUUCUCCAAUGAGUGAUCCUCAUGAUGAAUUUAAGGGAAAAAAUGUUCUAAUUGAGAGAAAAGAUGCUCCUUCCAUGGCAUCCAAAUGGGACAAGUCUAUAGACGAAUACAAUCAGAUUUUGGAAGAAUGCCGUAAAAAAUUAUAUGAUGCAAGGUCAAAACGGCCAAGACCACAUUUGGAUGACAAGGUAAUUGUAUCAUGGAAUGGGCUGGCAAUUUCUUCUUUUGCAAGAGCUUCUAAAGUUCUCAAAGCAGAACCCAAGGAAACUCAAUUUUAUUUCCCGGUGAUGGGAUGUGAUCCAAAUGAAUACCUAGAAGUUGCAGAAAAAGCAGUAUCCUUUAUCAAGAGCAAACUGUAUGAUUCAACUAUUCACAGACUGCAACAUAGCUUUCGCAAUGGUCCAUCUAAAGCACCUGGCUUUCUUGAUGAUUAUGCCUUUCUCAUUUCUGGUUUGCUAGAUCUUUAUGAGUUUGGUGGUAGGACUGACUGGUUGUCCUGGGCAAUUGAGUUACAAGCUACACAGGAUGAAUUGUUCCUGGACAAACAAGGAGGAGGUUAUUAUAAUACUCCAGGUGAAGAUCCUUCCAUCCUCCUCCGAGUAAAGGAAGAUCAUGAUGGAGCAGAGCCAUCUGGAAACUCAGUUUCAGCAAUCAAUCUGAUAAGGUUGUCAUCUAUGGUUGCUGGUGCAAGGUCUGACAAUUAUAGGAGGACAUCGGAACAUCUUCUGGCUGUUUUUGAAAAGAGGUUAAAAGAUCAAAGCAUUGCCAUCCCACUUAUGUGUUGUGCGGCACACAUGCUCACUGUUCCUUCAAGGAAACAGGUUGUCUUGGUUGGCGAUAAAUCAUCUUCCGAAUUUGCCAACAUGGUGACUGCUGUUUUCACAUCAUACGAUCCCAACAGAACGGUGAUCCAAAUAGACCCCAACAACAGCGAGGAGAUGGAAUUCUGGGAGCACUACAACCCCAACGUUGCUGAAAUGGCAAAAGGAACUCCAAAAGACGAGCCAGUGGUAGCUCAUGUGUGCCAGAACUUUGCGUGCAGUCCACCAGUCACUAGUGCGGAUGGACUCCGAAUCUUGCUCGCCAAAACUGCCCCGGUUGCUUCGACCGCUUGAUGCCUAUCAUGCCUCGUAUGUAUGUGAACUUGUUGCGUACACGUACCGCUGUUGCUUCGACCGCUUGAUGCCUACCAUGCCUCGUAUGUAUGUGAACUUGUUGCGUACACGUACCGCUGUUGCGUCGACCAUGUAAUGCCCAUCAACCUUGUAUGUAAACUUCACACUGUGUAGAAUAGUUUGGCUUGUCGAUAUAAUUUGAUAAAGUUCCACGUGAA